AUGCUCAAAAUUCGCAGUAAAGCCCACUUCGCAGCACGUUACGGUCAGAAAAGAGCCAGCCGAUCGAACUCUUUGCAGCUCGAGGAUGGACUAUCCCAUUCCCAGACCUUGGGCGAACUCUCAGCAGACCAGCAACGCCGACGGGAACUCAACGACGGCAUUAGCGUCCCAGAGUACUCCAACACAUUCCCGCCGGAGUUCGCUGGUAGCGACCAUGAAACACACAAGUCCCCGCCUGAACCGUCCAUGGCUAGCCAGGACCCAAUCAAUGUCUCAUCGUCACGCGGGCUUGAUACCGAGACCGUUGGAUCGGCGCAGGCGCGCCAGCGGAAAAGUGGAAUCUUGGGCAAGUUCAAGCAUCGCCAUGAUGACGACGAGUGGGAGGACAAGAAGUCGGAGCAUCAGACCUACACUUUUGCGUCACAGAUAAGGGCUACUCUUUUGAACUCGUGGGUCAAUGUUCUUUUGAUUGCCGCACCUGUUGGAAUUAUUCUCUAUGCUGUUAAAGCCAAUUCGAUUGCAGUUUUCGUGGUUAACUUCAUCGCUAUCAUCCCUCUUGCUGCCAUGCUCAGUUUCGCAACUGAAGAAAUUGCCCUUCGCACAGGUGAAACAAUCGGUGGUCUGCUGAAUGCCUCGUUUGGUAAUGCCGUCGAGCUGAUCGUUGCAAUUAUCGCGCUGGUCCAAGGCAAAACUCUCAUCGUGCAGACCUCGCUUAUCGGAAGUAUAUUGUCUAACCUGCUCCUGGUGCUGGGCAUGUGCUUUUUCUUCGGUGGUAUCCCUCGCAUCGAGCAAAAUUUCAACGUCACAGUUGCGCAGACAGCCGCAAGUAUGCUCGCACUGGCUGUUAGCAGUUUGAUCAUCCCUACUGCCUACCACAAGUGGUCUGAUCUUGACAAAGUUGACGGGACCGCCUCUCUAUCUAGAGGCACCAGCGUCCUCCUUCUAAUCGUCUACGGCUGCUAUCUCUUCUUCCAACUGAAGUCACAUGCCGACAUUUACAACCAACCCAGCCUGAAGGUCGAACGGCGACACAUGAAAGUCGGCGAAGGUGAUACCAGCCGGGGCAUUGCCCAGAUCGGCAAAAUGACCGCCACGCCGUUAGUCGCACAUAAUCCCGAACAAAUGCAGAUGGAGGAUCCCGAAGAUGAAACCGAGGAGCCGCAGCUGUCCAUUUCAACUGCCGUCAUCACGCUGAUUAUCUCCACUGCGUUUGUUGCUGCCUGUGCUGAGUUCAUGGUUGAAUCCAUCGAUGCUUUGACGGCUACCGGUAACAUUCGCGAGACGUUCGUCGGAUUAAUCCUUCUGCCUAUCGUUGGUAAUGCGGCUGAGCACGUUACUGCGGUGACAGUCGCAUGCAAGGAUAAGAUGGAUCUUGCGAUUGGUGUCGCCGUCGGAUCCAGCAUGCAGAUUGCGCUGCUUGUGUUGCCGUUGAUUGUUGUUCUCGGAUGGAUCAUUGGUGUUGAGGAUAUGACUCUCAACUUUGAUGGAUUCCAGGUUAUUGUACUAUUCAUGUCUGUUCUUUUGGUCAACUACCUCAUCGGUGACGGCAAGUCUCACUGGCUUGAGGGUGUCUUGUUGAUGAUGAUGUAUCUGAUUAUUGCUCUUGCGUCUUGGUUCUUCGUUUAA